ACCUGGCCUGACCAUCAGCUUGCUCAACGGUGACAACCAGCCCGUAUCGCGUAUUUGUUUUGGUUGGAACAAUCGUCGAUGUUUUGAGACAUCGUGACGCUCUGUGCCCCGUUGUCACGAGCCUAUCGCUUCUGUCCUUGGUUGGCUUCAAUAGUAGCACAAGCCAGCGCCACCGUAUCGCAUCCGAGACAAUGCCGGCACAGAACAACUCCAGGCCGUCCAAGUUCGGGCACCUCCCCCUAAGCACAUCGGGCCCGCUGGAAUGCGCUCUCAAAGGCACCGUCCUGCUGAACCACCCCUACUUCAACAAGGGCUCGGCCUUCACCAGCCAGGAACGCCAUGACUUCGAGCUGACAGGCCUGCUGCCGCAGAGCGUGCAGACGCUGGAGCAGCAGGUGCGGCGGGCAUACGAGCAGUACUCGGCACAGCCGGACGACCUGGCAAAGAACACGUUCCUGACGUCCAUGAAGGAGCAGAACGAGGUUCUUUACUUCAAGUUGUUGCUUGAUCACCUCGAGGAGAUGUUCAGCGUCGUGUAUACGCCGACGGAGGGCGACGCCAUACAGAACUACUCGCGGAUCUUCAGGCGGCCGGAGGGGCUGUUCCUCAACAUCCAUGACAUCGAUCGUGUGCACCAUGAUCUCUCACUGUGGGGAACCGCAGAGGAUGUCGAUUACAUCGUCGUCACGGACGGGGAGGAGAUCCUGGGCAUCGGCGACCAGGGGUGCGGCGGCAUUCUGAUCUCGAUCGCUAAGCUCGUGCUCAUGACGAUAUGCGCCGGCAUUCACCCAAACCGUGUGUUGCCCGUCGUGCUGGACUGCGGCACCGACAAUGAGACCCUGCUGAGCGACCCGCUGUACUUGGGCCUCAAGCAGAAGCGUGUCAGGGGCGAGCAGUAUGACAGGCUGGUCGAGACCUUUAUCAGGUCCGCGCGAGAGCUGUACCCGAAGGCUUACAUCCAUUUUGAGGACUUUGGCCUUCAAAAUGCACGACGGCUUCUCGACAGAUGGCGGCCGGAGAUUCCUUGCUUCAAUGACGACGUGCAAGGAACUGGGUGCGUGACGCUUGCGGCCAUACUUGCAGGUCUGCAUGUGUCAAAGCAGAAGCUGGGCGGCCUCCGCAUGGUAGUGUUCGGUGCUGGGACAGCCGGAGUCGGCAUCGCAGACCAAGUGCGUGAUGCCAUCGCGGAAGAGCGAGGCAUCAGCAAAGAAGAGGCUUCUAAGCAAAUCUGGCUCAUAGACAAGUCCGGCCUUCUGACUGCCCAGGUUGAAGGGCUAUCCGAUGCGCAGAAGACUUAUGCUAGGUCAGAGGACUGGUCCGGGAAGAAGAUAGACCUUUUAGGGGUCGUCAAGGAGGUCAAGCCCAACGUGUUAGUGGGCACAUCCACCGUGCCCGGGACCUUUACUGAAGAGAUCGUUCGGGAGAUGGCAUCCCAUGUGGACCGACCCAUCAUCCUCCCACUCUCCAACCCGACAAGACUGCACGAAGCGGUGCCUGCGGACCUGCUCUCGUGGACCGACGGGAAAGCCCUUGUGGCCACAGGGAGUCCGUUCAAGCCCGUCAAAGGCCCCUGGGGCGCGGACGGUAAGGAGGUCGAGAUCGAAGUGGCGGAAUGCAACAACAGCGUGGUCUUCCCGGGGAUCGGGCUGGGUGGGGUGCUCUGCCGCGCCCGGCUCGUCACGGACAAGAUGCUCAUCGCCGCGAUAAACGGGGUGGUGGAGUUCAGCCCGGCGCUGAAGGAUGAGACAGCGCCAUUGCUGCCGGGCGUCGAUAUGGUACGCCAGGUGAGCGUGAGGGUGGCGCGCAAGGUGAUCCAAGCUGCAGUGGACGAAGGGGUGGCGACAGAGGAGGGCAUCCCGGAGGAUGAGGGCGAGUUGGAUGAAUGGAUCAGGGAGCAGAUGUGGGAUCCCGUUUACAGGCCGCUCAAAUAUGUCGAGGCGCACAGCGCGAGUCGGGCGGCGAAGGGUGAGCUGCGGGUUGUGGGCAGCUUGCCGCAGAGAGGUUAGUGGUGGACUGGUGGUGGAUUUAUUUUCAGCGUCAAUGGUUGCAAGCGUAUCCGAAUGAAUGUUGGAAAAGUGUCGUGCUAUAGUUCGAGGUAGUGAAGUUCUAUCUCAUCAUUCUCAUGCCUAUAUCGGCGUGAACCACCCA